AUGGAUCCUGCACCUAAACGUCGUCGCAUACAACGUUCUGCAUCUCCGACUUACAAACUUGACGACGAAGAUGAUUCUUAUGAACCAUAUGUUCCAGUAGCUCAGAGACGUCUGGCAAGACUGGAAAAACUAGCAGCGUUUGGGGCUAAUUCGGAGAAGGAAAAUGCCAGGAAACAGCUGGAGGAAAUAUCAGAGCGUGAGGAUGCUGAAAAGGAGGAGGAGCGCGAGAGGGAACGGGCAAGAAAGGAGAGAACACUGUUAAUGGAAGCUCAAGAUGUGCAUUCUAGGAAGGCUGCAGAAGAUGCGAAAAAGACAGACGUAGAAAAAGUGGAGGAGGCGGAUGCUGAAAUUCUCGCUGCAAUUGCUAGUCGUAGAAAGUUGGCAUCUGACCUGGAACUCGCUAAAGGCAUUCAAUAUGCAGAAUCUCUCAAGACUUCCUGGAGGCCGCCAAAAUAUAUACUGGACCGAUCAGACGAACAGCAUCGCAAAUUACGCGAGAAGUAUCACAUUAUUGUGGACGGUGAAGACAUCCCCCCACCUAUCGAACAUUUUGUCGAUAUGAAAAUACCAGACCCAAUGCUUCGUUUUCUCAAAUCAAAUAAAAUUGUGACACCUACACCUAUUCAAUUACAAGGCAUCCCUACCGCUUUCUCGGGUCGUGAUAUGAUUGGAAUAGCCUUCACUGGCUCAGGAAAAACCCUAGCGUUCUGUCUUCCCCUUAUCAUGUUAGCUCUCGAAGAGGAAACCAAGCUUAGCUUUGUCCGUGGAGAGGGUCCUGUGGGCGUUAUUUUAUGCCCUUCUCGCGAACUGGCGACGCAAACGUAUGAGAACAUGCUGACUUGGACUGCGGCCAUCGCCAAAGAGGGGAAGUAUCCUCGUCUCAAUACUCUACUAUGUAUAGGAGGGAUAUCGAUGGGCGAACAGAGCCAUGUAUUGAACAAAGGUCUUCAUGUCGUUGUAGCAACUCCAGGACGACUCAUCGAUAUGCUGGAGAAAAAGCGGUUUACCUUUAAUAACUGUAAAUAUCUGUGCAUGGACGAAGCCGAUCGGAUGAUUGAUCUUGGGUUUGAAGACGACGUGCGUAAUAUCAUGAGUUUCUUUAAACGUCAGCGCCAGACUCUCCUAUUCUCAGCUACGAUGCCCCGGAAAAUUCAAGAUUUUGCGCAGCAAUCUCUAAUCAAACCAAUCCUAGUCAACGUUGGACGAGCAGGCGCUGCCAAUCUUGAUGUACUACAGGUUGUAGAGUACGUGAAACAAGAAGCCAAAAUGGUUUACCUAUUAGAAUGCUUGCAAAAAACCGCCCCUCCUGUAAUUAUCUUCAGCGAGAACAAGAAUGAGGUAGAUGAUAUCCAAGAAUACCUGCUAUUAAAGGGCAUAGAGGCAGUGGCUAUCCAUGGUUCAAAAACUCAGGAAGAACGUCAAUAUGCCAUCAAGUCUUUCAAGUCUGGCGCUAAAGAUGUAAUGGUAGCGUCCGGCGUUGCGUCAAAGGGCCUUGAUUUCAACGACAUCCAGCACGUUAUCAUCUUUUCCAUGCCAAAAGAAAUCGAGGAUUAUGUUCAUCAGAUUGGUCGUACGGGCCGCAGCGGUAAAACUGGGAUAGCCACUACUUUUGUGAAUAUGAAUACUCCCGAACAAACUCUUCUGGAUUUGAAGUAUCUCUUGAUGGAGGCUGGUCAGAAAGUUCCUAUGUUCCUACAGAGUAUCGACGAUCCCCGUGCUGCUCAGGGAGGGUCCUUGAAAGGCUGCCCUGUUUGUGGAGGUCUCGGUCACGGUAUUUCUAACUGUCCAAAGUUAGAAGAUGCACAACGUCGACAGAUGGCGUCACAUAGAGCUGCUGAUGACGGAGGAGGUUACUGAGCCAUACUAUGCGUGUGUCUUGGGGAAUAGGCGUUUAUGUUCACGUCUGCAGCAGCUUUAAUAUAAGGAGACACGAUUUCGGUGGUGCUUUGCUGUAUUAUAUAUAUUUUCUAGGGAAAUAUCUACAGAGCCUGUGUUCAUGACUUCACGAGUUUAUAACCUUCGAUUCGUGUAGCAGUAGAAACUUGGUAUUUAUGUACAUGUUCACGAACUUAUAUGAGGCUAGGAUAAUAAAGAUGUAUAAAGUGGGU